AUGGUUACUGUUUCUCUUAGACCAAUUGAAGCAAAAGAUAAAGAAGAAUGGAUCAAUUUAUGGACUGGUAAAGGGGGUUAUAUUGAAUUUUAUAAAUCAUUAGAUAAAAUUACUCCACAAAUUACUGAUGUUACCUUUGAUAGAUUUUUAGAUCCUAAAGAACCAGUGUAUGCAGUGGUUGCGGUUGACGAUGAAACUGGUAAAUUAGUUGGGUUUGCUCAUUAUUUAACUCAUAGAAAUACUUGGACUAUUCAUGAUUCCUUAUAUUUAAAUGAUCUUUUCGUUACUAGUGAUGUUAGAUUAGGUGGAAUUGGUAGAAAAUUAAUUGAAUAUGUUUAUGGUGAAGCAGAUAAAUUCAAAUGUGAAAAGACUUAUUGGUCAACCCAAUUUGAAAAUCAUAGAGCUCAAUUAUUAUAUACUAAAGUUGGUGUUAAGAGUGGAUUCUUACUUUAUCGUAGACCUUAA